AUGGCAGAUUGGGUUGUUUUGAAGAACAAAACCAGUAGCUCUGGUGAGAGAGAGGAUCAAGACUUUGAUGAAGAAGAUGUUGUUUGGGGUGAUUAUCACUCUAAGGAUAAGGAUUUUUCUUCUGGUUCUGGUUCAGGUUCAUCUGCAUGGACAUUGCCAAGAAAAAAUAUUCCAAAGGGCAAUGCAUUACUACUAUCUGAUGUUGUUUCUGAUGACCCUUUUGUGAAAGGCUCAUCAUCAUCAUCAUCAUCAGCACCUAUGAACAUUCCUGAUUGGUCUAAAGUUUAUGGUAAGAAUUGCAAGAAAGGUGAUUUGCAUGGUUAUGAUGAUGAAGAGGGUGAUAUGGUUCCUCCACAUGAAUGGAUUGCUAGGAAGCUUGCAAGGACUCAGAUUUCAUCUUUUUCUGUGUGUGAAGGGAUGGGAAGGACACUCAAAGGAAGAGAUCUUAGCAAAGUUAGGAAUGCUAUUUUGACCAAAACUGGCUUCAUUGAGUAG